AUGCGCUGGCGGCCGCACAGAUUGAGUGAGACUGCAUAUGCGCGACCCGCAUGUGUAAGUGGUAGGUGCAGGGAUCACGACGUCGGUGCCUAUUCGACGUCCACCGUUGGACAUACUCGCUCGCGUCGUGAAUUCAAAGCGAAAAACAGUGACGAGGACGCACCAAAAACUAGUUGA